AUGUCAAAAAGGAAUGUUGAGACAAGAUUUACAUCAUCUGUCGUAGAAGAUGGACCCGGUGAUCUCAAGGCUGCAAUAUUCACCUACAAAGAACUUUCAUCUGCAACAAAUAACUUUAGGGCCGAAUCUUUCCUUGGAAGCGGUGGAUUCGGUGCUGUAUAUAAAGGAAAAUUAGAAAGCACUGGUCAGGUUGUAGCUGUUAAGAAGCUAGAUCCAUCAGGUAUCCAAGGUGACAAGGAGUUUCUGGUGGAGGUUCUCAUGCUCUCCCUAAUGCAUCACCCUAACCUUGUCAACUUGAUUGGUUAUUGUGGUGAUGCAGACCAUCGCCUUCUUGUUUAUGAAUACAUGCCCUUGGGAUCCUUGGAAGAUCACCUUUUUGAUGUGACGCCAGAUAUGGAGCCUCUAGACUGGAAUACAAGAAUGAAGAUAGCAGCAGGUACGGCCAGGGGAUUGAAUUCUCUACAUUCUGCAAAUCCUCCUAUCAUAUUCAGGGACCUGAAAGCGUACAUAUUAUUGAAUGAUGGUUUUAACCCAAAACUCUCCGAUUUUGGACUCGCAAAAUUUGCCCCCGUUGGCGACAAGACCCAUGUCUCUACUAGGGUCAUGGGUACCUAUGGUUACUGUGCUCCUGAAUAUGCAUCAUCAGGAAGAUUGAACUUGAAGACUGACAUCUACAGUUAUGGAAUUGUUUUGUUAGAGCUAAUUACUGGACGUGGAGCACUGUACGAGGUUAACGGUCAUCGAGAAUAUCUUGUUCAUUGGGCACUCCCCUUGAUGAAGGAGCCCAACUUUUCAAAGUUAGCAGAUCCAUUGCUGAGAGGCAAGUACCCAAUGUCUGUCUUAAGGAAGGUUAUAGAGGUGGCAUCGAUGUGCCUCGGUGAAAAUGCCAAUUUACGCCCUUCCUCGAGUGAAGUGGUGCAAGCCAUGGAUUAUUUGUUGUCCCGUAAAAGUGAACCAAAGAAGGCCAGGAAUUACUGUGCCAAAUGGCCAGAGCCUGACUUCACUCCAAGACGCACAAAAAUGGUAAUAGACAGGGAUUUAGACCGGGACCAUGCAGUGGCAGAGGCCAAGCGUUGGGGAGAGGAAUGGAGAGAAAAGCAAGAACAACUCCGGCGAAGUAUUUUGGAUGACGACAACCGGUAG